GGAAGAAGAAAGGAGGAGAAACACUGAAACUGUGAAUCGAAACACCACCCACAAGGAGUUUGAAGCAGAAACAAAUUCAUCAAUGCCUUUUGUUUUCAUGAACUGCUUUUGUUUCUCUCUUUAAUUUAGAGACAGAGAGAAACAGAAGACGCUCUUCACUUGCACAGUUUUAAGCCUAUUUUUCAAUGGCUUCUCUUGUAUCUUCAGCAUUCACUCUUUCCUGUUCAAAGACAGACCAACUCUCUUCAAUCUCUCAAAAACACCACUUCCUCCACUCCUUUCUUCCCAAGAAAUCCACUCAAAGCAAUUGCAAGCACUACUUCAGAGUCAAAUGUGCUGCGAUUGGAAAUGGUCUUUUCACACAGACCAGUCAAGAAGUUCGAAGAAUUGUCCCAGAAAAGAGACCGGACCUCCCUACUGUUAAGAUUGUCUACGUGGUUCUUGAAGCUCAGUACCAGUCCUCUCUCACUGAAGCAGUCCAGUCUCUCAACAGGAACCCCAAAUUUGCAUCAUUUGAGGUUGUUGGCUAUUUAGUCGAGGAGCUUCGAGAUGAAUCAACAUACAAAACUUUCUGCAAGGAUGUCGAGGAUGCAAAUAUCUUUAUUGGGUCGUUGAUUUUUGUUGAGGAGCUUGCAUUGAAAGUGAAGGCAGCAGUAGAGAAAGAAAGGGACAGGCUUGAUGCAGUUCUGGUGUUCCCUUCAAUGCCUGAGGUGAUGAGACUUAACAAAUUGGGCUCUUUUAGUAUGUCACAGCUAGGCCAAUCAAAGAGUCCAUUCUUUCAGUUGUUUAAGAGGAAGAAGCAAGGUGCAGGUUUUGCUGACAGUAUGUUGAAGCUUGUGAGGACAUUGCCUAAGGUUCUCAAGUACUUGCCUAGUGAUAAGGCUCAAGAUGCUAGACUUUACAUAUUGAGUUUGCAGUUCUGGCUUGGUGGGUCACCUGAUAACUUGCAGAAUUUCUUGAAAAUGGUAUCUGGGUCUUAUGUGCCUGCUUUGAAGGGGGUCAAAAUUGAGUACAAGGAUCCAGUUUUGUACUUGGAUAGUGGAAUCUGGCACCCUUUGGCUCCUUGUAUGUAUGAUGAUGUGAAGGAGUACCUCAAUUGGUAUGGGACCAGGAGAGAUGCCAAUGAAAAGCUUAAAGGGCCCGAUGCACCUGUGGUUGGGCUGGUUUUGCAGAGGAGUCAUAUAGUUACUGGUGAUGAGAGUCACUAUGUAGCUGUUAUAAUGGAAUUAGAGGCAAAAGGGGCUAAAGUGAUUCCAAUUUUUGCUGGUGGGCUUGACUUUUCAGGGCCAGUUGAGAGGUAUCUGGUAGACCCUAUUACCAAGAAACCUUUUGUUCAUUCAGUGGUGUCCUUGACAGGUUUUGCUCUUGUUGGGGGGCCAGCAAGGCAGGACCAUCCACGGGCCAUUGAGGCACUGAAGAAGCUUGAUGUUCCUUACAUUGUUGCACUACCUUUGGUGUUUCAAACCACUGAGGAGUGGUUAAAUAGCACUCUGGGACUGCAUCCAAUUCAGGUGGCAUUGCAAGUUGCUCUUCCAGAGCUGGAUGGUGGUAUGGAGCCAAUCGUUUUUGCUGGCCGCGACCCAAGAACGGGGAAAUCACAUGCUCUACACAAGAGGGUGGAGCAGCUUUGCACUAGGGCCAUCAGAUGGGGUGAACUGAGAAGAAAAUCCAAGACAGAGAAGAAGUUGGCUAUCACUGUCUUCAGUUUUCCUCCGGACAAAGGAAAUGUCGGAACAGCCGCCUACCUGAAUGUCUUCUCGUCUAUUUACUCAGUUCUAAAAGAACUUAAAAGAGAUGGCUAUAACGUUGAAGGUCUUCCAGAGACUUCAGAAGAGUUAAUUGAAGAGGUUAUUCAUGAUAAAGAAGCUCAAUUCAGCAGUCCAAAUCUGAAUGUUGUAUACAAGAUGGGUGUGCGAGAAUACCAAAAACUGACUCCAUAUGCUACUGCAUUGGAAGAAAACUGGGGAAAACCUCCUGGUAAUUUGAAUUCCGAUGGAGAAAAUCUGUUGGUUUAUGGAAAACAGUAUGGUAAUGUCUUCAUUGGUGUCCAACCAACUUUUGGUUACGAGGGCGACCCUAUGCGGCUACUUUUCUCCAAAUCAGCAAGUCCACAUCAUGGGUUUGCAGCUUAUUACUCCUUUGUUGAGAAAAUAUUCAAAGCCGAUGCAGUGCUUCAUUUUGGCACUCAUGGUUCUCUUGAAUUCAUGCCUGGAAAACAGGUGGGGAUGAGUGAUGUUUGUUACCCUGAUAGUCUCAUUGGGAAUAUCCCAAAUGUAUAUUACUAUGCAGCUAAUAAUCCUUCAGAAGCUACCAUAGCCAAGCGUCGGAGUUAUGCCAAUACGAUCAGCUAUUUGACCCCGCCUGCUGAAAAUGCUGGUCUUUACAAGGGCCUUAAGCAGUUGAGUGAGCUCAUAUCCUCUUACCAGUCCCUCAAAGACACAGGGCGUGGGCAACAGAUUGUGAGCUCCAUUGUCAGCACUGCAAAACAAUGCAAUCUUGACAAGGAUGUUGACCUUCCUGAUGAGGGGGUAGAAAUCCCUGCAAAAGACCGAGAUCUCAUUGUUGGAAAGGUGUACUCAAAGAUUAUGGAGAUUGAAUCCCGACUUUUACCUUGCGGGCUUCAUGUCAUUGGUGAGCCUCCAUCAGCAAUGGAAGCAGUUGCAACCCUAGUCAACAUUGCUGCAUUGGAUCGUCCGGAGGAAGGGAUAUCCUCUCUCCCAUCUAUACUAGCUGGGACAGUUGGUAGAGACAUAGAAGAUGUUUAUAGAGGGAAUGAUAGAGGAGUCCUAAAAGAUGUAGAGCUUCUUCGUCAAAUAACUGAGGCAUCACGUGGUUCAAUCUCUGCCUUUGUGGAGCGAACAACUAAUAAAAAGGGCCAAGUUGUUGAUGUGGCUAAUAAGCUUAGCACAAUUCUUGGGUUUGGCAUAAACGAACCUUGGGUGCAGUACUUGUCAAACACAAAGUUCUACCGGGCAGACCGGGAUAAGCUGAGAACGGUAUUCACGUUCCUUGGGGAAUGUUUAAAGCUUGUGGUUGCUGACAAUGAGUUGGGAAGUCUGAAACAAGCAUUGGAAGGAAAGUAUGUGGAACCAGGGCCCGGUGGCGACCCAAUCAGAAAUCCAAAAGUGUUGCCAACUGGAAAGAACAUUCAUGCACUGGAUCCACAAUCUAUACCCACAACAGCGGCAAUGCAGAGUGCAAUGAUUGUGGUUGACAGGUUGAUUGAGAGACAAAAGGCUGACAAUGGAGGAAAUUAUCCUGAGACAAUUGCUCUUGUUCUUUGGGGAACUGAUAACAUCAAGACCUAUGGUGAGUCCCUAGCUCAGGUCAUGUGGAUGAUUGGUGUGAGGCCAGUUGCUGAUUCCCUUGGUCGAGUAAAUCGCGUGGAGAUAGUUAGUCUUGAAGAGCUUGGAAGGCCUAGGAUUGAUGUUGUUGUCAAUUGCUCUGGAGUGUUCAGAGACCUCUUCAUCAAUCAGAUGAACCUCCUUGACCGUGCGGUAAAGAUGGUUGCUGAGCUUGAGGAGCCAGAAGACCAGAAUUAUGUGAGGAAGCAUGCAUUGGAACAAGCCAAGACCCUUGGCAUUGAUGUUCGAGAAGCUGCAACUCGGAUAUUCUCCAAUGCCUCAGGCUCAUAUUCCUCGAACGUAAACCUUGCUGUAGAAAAUUCCUCGUGGAAUGAUGAGAAACAGCUUCAAGACAUGUAUUUGAGCAGGAAAUCCUUCGCGUUUGAUUCUGAUGCCCCUGGUGCAGGCAUGAUGGAGAAACGAAAAGUUUUUGAGAUGGCUCUAAGCACAGCUGAAGCUACUUUCCAAAACCUUGAUUCCUCAGAAAUCUCACUCACUGAUGUGAGCCAUUACUUUGAUUCAGACCCAACAAAUCUAGUCCAGAACUUACGGAAAGAUGGAAAGAAGCCUAAUGCAUAUAUUGCUGACACUACCACAGCCAAUGCCCAGGUACGUACACUUUCCGAAACUGUGAGGCUUGAUGCCCGAACAAAGUUGUUGAACCCCAAAUGGUAUGAAGGAAUGCUGUCUACGGGGUAUGAGGGCGUCCGAGAAAUUGAGAAACGGCUUACUAACACGGUUGGUUGGAGUGCAACAUCAGGCCAAGUGGACAACUGGGUCUAUGAAGAAGCUAACUCGACUUUCAUCAAAGAUGAAGAGAUGCUGAACAAGCUUAUGAGCACUAACCCCAACUCUUUCAGGAAGUUGCUGCAAACAUUCCUGGAAGCCAAUGGACGCGGAUACUGGGAUACUUCUGAGCAGAAUAUUGAGAGGUUAAGGCAGUUGUACUCUGAAGUUGAAGACAAGAUUGAAGGGAUUGAUAGAUGAACAUAAACCCUGAUGUUGAAAUAACAUUCUUGAUUCCCCUGAACAUCAUUCUCUUUAGAUGGAUUGAACUUUCUGGGAAUUUUGAGAUGUGUAUUCUUUGUUUAUAUGCUGCAGAAUGUCAUUUAAUCUAAUUCAAAACGGUUGUUCAGAUGAUAUUUCAACACAUCUUGCACUU